AUGGCUGCCACCAGAGUUUGGACCGACACCAUACAAAGAAGAACCUGUCCCAGUGGGUUCGUAUAUUGGGCCGACAAUGGUUAUUGUUAUAGAUACUUCACGUUUCUUUAUACUUUCAAUGAUGCUGAUAUUUACUGUGGGACGCUAGCAGCUGGGUGUAAAUUAGCAUCAAUUCAUUCAAUAAUGGAAGAAGGCUUUGUAUAUAAAGUAGUUGGCACUAACGAGGUUGAGUUCUGGAUUGGACUGAACGACAUUGGACAGGAAGGAAGUUGGGUUUGGACGGAUGGUAGUCCUUAUGUAUGGUCAAAUUGGGAUUGUGGCGAGCCAAACAAUAACGAUGGAGAAGAUUGUGUACAUAGUAAUUUCGCCUUGAGUAACCGAUGGAAUGAUACUCCAUGUGACACCAAAUAUGGAUUUGUUUGUAAAGUUAAAGCAACCUAA